ACAUAUAAAUGAAAGGACUCAAUCCUGAAAAAACCCUUCCCGCGCGGAAAAAGCCCUAUUAAGGGUUUAAUCAAUCCCAGCGCUACCAAUUGCACGCUUUCGGGGAAUUUCUGCACUCAUGGAAGUGGAAAUGGAGGCUUCUCCAAGCUACAGCUACUUCGACCCCGAGGAUCUCAGCAGUCGGGAGCGUUUCCGUCGAUACGGGAAACGACAUCCAGGGUCAAGCCUAUCCCCUCAUCAUGACAAUUCUGCUUCCAGAUUCAGUAAUGCGGCACUUUUUCUUGAAAAUAUAAAACAUGAAGCUGAAAGCCUUGACAUGGAUGUUCAGGGGAUGCCUUUUGAGUCUGUUUCUACAAGGAGAGCAACCUUGGAUGCUCGUGGUGCAAUCAAGUUUGAAGGUGACAUUGAGUCGGUACGUAGGGGGGGAAGUGAAUCACUAAAGGUUUGCAAACAGGAAGAGCUUGAGCAGAUUGAAACUGCAGAUACUACUUUCUCAUUAUUUGCUUCUCUUCUGGAUUCUGGUAUCCAAGACUUGAUACCUAUCCCUGAUCUGAUACUAAGAUUUGAAAGUUCUUGCCGUGAGGUUUCGGAAUCAAUCAGAUAUGGUGCUAAUGAGAGAUAUAGAGUUAUUGAGGACAAAUUGAUGCGGCAGAAGGCUAGACAUUUGCUUGAUGAAGCUGCUUCUUGGUCUCUUCUGUGGUACUUGUAUGGAAAAGGAAAUGAAGAAGUCCCUAGUGAUCUAUUCAUGUUCCCUACAACUUCCCACUUGGAGGCCUGCCAAUUUGUUGCAGUAAAUCAUACAGCACAAUUAUGCCUCCGGAUUGUUCAGUGGCUUGAAGGAUUAGCAUCCAAAGCCCUUGAUUUGGAUAGUAAGGUUAGAGGUUCUCAUGUGGGAACAUACCUUCCAAGCUCUGGAAUUUGGCAGCACACUCAACGAUAUCUUAAAAGAGGUGCUUCAAAUCAAAAAACAGUUCAUCACUUGGAUUUUGAUGCUCCAACUCGUGAGCAUUGCCAGCAGCUGCCCGAUGAUAAAAAACAAGAUGAAUCACUUUUAGAAGAUGUCUGGACUCUCCUGAGAGCUGGAAGACUAGAAGAGGCCUGUAACCUCUGCCGAUCUGCAGGUCAGCCGUGGAGGGCUGCAAGUUUAUGUCCCUUUGAGGGAUUCGAUUUAUUCCCAUCCCUUGAAGCCCUAGAGAAAAAUGGCAAAAACAGGAUGCUUCAAGCCAUUGAACUAGAAAGUGGAAUCGGUCAUCAGUGGAGACUAUGGAGAUGGGCCUCAUAUUGUGCAUCUGAAAAAAUUGCUGAUCAAGAUGGUGGAAAAUAUGAAAAAGCAGUAUAUGCAGCGCAAAGCAGCAAUGUUAAGCGCAUCCUGCCUGUUUGUACCGACUGGGAGUCUGCGUGCUGGGCAAUGGCCAAGUCAUGGCUUGAUGUCCAAGUUGAUAUUGAAAUAGCUCGAUUAAGACCAGGCGGAAUGGACCAGUUCAAGAAUUUUGAAGAAGCAAUGGAAAGAAGUCCAGGGCAAGGGGAUCUUUCUUCUCAGGCAAAUAGUGGGCCUGAUAGUUGGCCGCUGCAAGUAUUGAAUCAGCAGCCUAGCAAUCUGUCUUCUCUUCUUCAGAAACUCCAUUCAAUUGAUACUGUGCAUGAAAAUGUUGCUCGAGCAUGCAAGGAGCAGCAGAGACAAAUUGAGAUGAAUCUUAUGUUGGGAGACAUACCUCACUUGCUUGACCUUAUAUAUUCAUGGAUAUCGCCUUCAGAGGAUGAUGAAAAUAUUUUCAGGCCUCAUGGUGACCCACAGAUGAUGCGGUUUGGUGCACACUUAGUGCUGGUGCUCAGAUACUUACUUGUAGAUCAAAUGAAAGAUACUUUCAAAGAGAAAAUAAUGACAGUUGGAGACUUCAUUAUACACAUGUAUGCAAUUUUCCUUUUCACCAAGCAGCAUGAGGAACUGGUUGGGAUUUAUGCUUCUCAACUUGCUCGUCAUCGCUGCAUUGAUCUUUUUGUCCAUAUGAUGGAGUUGAGGCUCAACAGCAGUGUACAUGUUCGAUACAAGAUUUUUCUUUCUGCUAUCGAGUAUUUACCAUUCUCUCCCGAAGAUGAUACGAAAAAAGGCAGUUUUGAAGAGAUCAUUGAAAGAGUUCUGUCAAGAUCUCGUCAAAACAUUGUUGGAAAACAUGACAGUGCAUCUGAUGUUGCCGAGCAACAUCGUUUACAGAGUCAACAAAAAGCCAUGGUUAUUCAGUGGCUCUGCUUUACACCACCUUCCACAAUUAACGAUGCCGAAGUUGUCGCUGGAAAACUUCUUCUACGUGCGCUGAUGCACAGCAAUCUGCUCCUUAGAGAAUUUGCUCUUAUCUCAAUGUGGAGGGUGCCAGCAGUGCCCAUUGGGGCGCACACAGUGCUAAGUUUACUAGCUGAACCAUUGAAACAACCGACAGAAAUUCUUACCACAGAUGAGGACAACAAUGCUGAGGAUCUUCGAGAAUUCCAGGAUUGGAGUGAGUACUACUCUUGUGAUGCAAAAUAUCGGAACUGGCUAAAAAUCCAACUAGCAAAUUCUGAAGUUUCACCUCAUGAACUUUCGAGAGAGGAAAAAGAAAGGGAAGUUUCGGCAGCUAAAGAAGCUCUAAGAUCUUCAUUGUUACUGCUCGAAAGGAAAGAUAACCCAUGGUUGGUUCCGACCCAAGAUCAUGUGCAUGAAUCGAUGGAACCUGUGUACCUGGAAUUGCAUGCCACAGCGGUUAUGUCUCUACCUUCAGGCGAGUGUUUGCUUCCCGAUGCUACACUGUGCACAACAUUGGCAAGCGCCCUUUACUCGUCUGUAACCGAGCAAGAUGUUCUGCAUAGGGAAUUAAUGGUGAACGUCUCUAUUUCGCCUCGGGACAAUUCUUGCAUUGAAGUUGCUCUUCGUUGCUUGGGCAUGGAGGGCGAUGGGCUCGGAUCACACGACCUGAAUGAUGGUGGAAUUCUGGCUCAUGUUAUGGCUGCCGGCUUCAAAGGAGAACUGGCUCGAUUUCAAGCUGGAGUGACGGUGGAGAUCUCCCGGUUGGAUGCUUGGUAUUCGAACAGUGAUGGCUCUCUGGAAGGCCCUGCAACGUACAUAGUCCGAGGCCUUUGUCGCAAGUGUUGCAUCCCAGAACUCGUUCUUCGCAGCAUGCAGGUCUCUGUUUCGUUGAUGGAGUCGGGCUAUCCGCCCGAGAGGCAUCAUGAGCUGAUCGAACUUGUCACGUCUCCUGAAACCGACUUUCUUCAUUUAUUCAGCCAGAAUCAACUGCAGGAGCUCCUAUUGUUCGAGAGAGAGUAUUCCAUAAACGAGAUGGAUCUAGAGGAGGAGGUUCCAAUUUCAUGAUUGCCUGUCUAACUAACUAACUGCUGCUAACUGUGAGGUCCGGAACCAGAAUUUUCUCCAAAAACUUAUAUUAAUUAACAACUGCAACCGAACAUGUUACAUUGCUCUAUACUAAACAAAUUCAAUGCUCUUUUCAUCUUUAACAUGUUCACGGAUUGGCCGAAUUCUCAGGGAAAUCUUGCGCAUAGGGAGGCUUUUCUGCAUUUUGAUAUAUACAGACAGACAUACAUAUAUACCAAGUAAACAUUAUUCAGCUGAACUAAGGUUAAGGCUAUGCAGUGCUAUUAUGGACAAAGCCUUGUCCUUAUUUAUUUUGUAGUCAUCUGUAUUGGUCUCAGUCCCUCUUAUUGUUGGCCUAUCCAUCAAUAGUAGCAGUAGUCAUACCAUAACCAUAUUCCAACCAUUUUCAUGGUCCGGUAUGGUAUGGUAUGGUAUGGUAUUUUUUACUAACUUGGACAAAAAAGUGCUUCAAUCUUUGGUAUGAAAUAAUAGGUCAGUUAGAUUCUACUUUUGAUCAACUCUUUACUCUGAUUUGAUUUUAUGUCAUAUCAAGCCAUGUAAUGUAAUGUAGUAUUGGCAGCCAAACUUCCAACAAUC